AUGGCACCCAAAGUCACCUUCGGCGAUCUACCCAGAGAGAUCAGACAGAUGAUCUACGAAUACACUUUUGAACCAUCCGAGCCCGUCUUCACCAACGCCAUUGCAUCGCAGACGGCGUAUACCGCAGAAAAAUACCCCCUCUUCUAUCUGGACAAGAAAAUCUUCCAAGACAUGCAGCCUUGCUUGUACCGGAAGCACACCAUGGUUGUUCCUAUCCAGGAGCCGUGCGACUAUGUGGAGCGCGAGUUGCCAUUUGCUCCACGAGUUGCCGCAUGUUCAAAGAGGAUGAGGCAAUCCACCAGGGCACUCAUAAUCGAAACUUCUCAGACAACAAUUUCUCAUUACGGUAAAGAGUUCUUUGAAGAGUAUGGGGACUUGAAAAACCUGUAUGCGUUUUGGUAUAAGCACGACAGAGGAAAGAGAUUUGCCAAGAAAGUCGUCAAUGAAAUUCUCUCCUUCAAGAAAGAACUCCCGAAUAUCAAGAAAGUCAAGUUUGUUUUCUGGUUUGGCUGCUGGAUUGUCGACAACCGUCACUGGAAAAAGUCACUCAGCAAGCUCCAGAAAGAAUGGCCCGGGCUAUUCAUCGAGGUGGAAUUUAACCUAUUUGACUUCAUCGACCACGAAGUGGGGCAAGACAAUUACGAGAACCACUGGCUCUGGAUCUGGGAUAAUUGGCAGGAGGACAAUGAGAACACACGUUUUUCCGCUCGGAAUUUCAAAUGGGCUCAACAUGCGAAUGGAAACUUUCUGGGUAAGUCUAUUUGGACAGAGGCCUGGACUUAUGAUGAUUUUAUCUACAAUGCGCCAGCCGAGAAAAUUAGUGCUCAGGAAUCUGGGGAGUGUGAGGGGCGCCCUUUGGCUGUCAAGACAGCGCCGCUAAACAACAUGACACACCUGUAUCAUGCCCUCCCAAUCGUAGUAAAGAAUUACAAAGAGUAG